GGGGAGAGGAAGAGUGGUAAGGGGGAGGGGGAGAGAGGGGAAGUUUCCAAACUUGUCUCCAGUGACACGAGACAUUUAUGUUCCGCGAGAUAAAACUGCCACUUAGAGCCCCAGGAGCGCUAAACCUUCCUGGGCUGGCCUAGGGGCUGGAGCAGAGUCAUGGGUUCCGUGGUCCUGCAGCUGUGCACUCUCUCCUGCCUGCUGCUUCACGCGGUUUCUGGCAACCCUAUCAUGAGUCUGGAGCAGUCGCCCCUGGAAGAAGACAUGCCCCUCUUCGAUGAUGUCUUCUCAGAGCAAGAUGGUGUAGACUUCAACACACUGCUACAGAGCAUGAAGAAUGAGUUUCUCAAGACAUUGAACCUGUCUGACAUCCCCAUGCAGGACUCGGCCAAGGUUGACCCACCAGAGUACAUGCUGGAGCUCUACAACAAAUUCGCGACAGAUCGCACCUCCAUGCCAUCCGCCAACAUCAUCAGGAGUUUCAAGAAUGAGGAUCUGUUUUCCCAACCAGCCAGUUUUAACAGACUCCGAAAAUACCCUCUCCUCUUCAAUGUAUCCAUCCCUCACCAUGAAGACAUCAUCAUGGCUGAGCUCAGGUUGUACACCCUGGUGCAAAGAGACCGCCUUAUAUAUGAAGGAGUGGACCGGAAAAUCACCAUUUUUGAAGUACUUGAGAGCAAAGAAGACCACGAAGGGGAAAGAAGCAUGCUGGUCUUAGUGUCAGGGGAGAUCUAUGGAACCAACAGUGAGUGGGAGACUUUUGAUGUCACUGAUGCCAUCAGGCAUUGGCAAAAGUCAGGCUCAUCCACCCACCAGCUGGAGGUCCACAUUGAGAGCAAACACGAAACAGAGGACACACUUGGCAGGGGACAACUGGAAAUAGAUACUAGUGCCCGGAAUAAGCAUGAACCUUUGCUUGUCGUGUUUUCUGAUGACCAAAGCAGUGAGAAGGAGCGGAAAGAGGAACUGGAUGAAAUGAUCGCUCACGAGCAAUUCCCAGAGAUGGACAACCUGGAUUUGGACGGUUAUUCCAACGGACCUGGGGAAGAGGCUUUGCUGCAGAUGAGGUCAAAUAUCAUCUAUGACUCCACUGCCCGCAUCAGAAGGAAUGCAAAGGGAAACUACUGCAAGAGGACCCCGCUCUACAUCGACUUCAAGGAGAUUGGCUGGGACUCUUGGAUCAUCGCUCCACCUGGAUAUGAAGCCUAUGAAUGUCGUGGUGUUUGCAACUACCCCCUGGCAGAGCAUCUCACCCCUACAAAGCAUGCGAUUAUCCAGGCCUUGGUCCACCUCAAGAAUUCCCAGAAGGCUUCCAAAGCCUGCUGUGUGCCCACCAAGCUCGAGCCCAUCUCCAUCCUCUAUUUAGAUAAGGGCGUCGUUACCUACAAGUUUAAAUACGAGGGCAUGGCUGUCUCUGAAUGUGGCUGUAGAUAGGAGAGGAAUCCUGUGGCUUAUUUAAUAACUGUAAAUGUGUAUAUUUUGUGUUCCUAUUUAAUGAGAUUAUUUAAUAAGGGUGUACAGAUCAUAGAGGCUUGCUGCCUUAGGGAAUAUUUCAGGUGGGUUUGUUGUAGGAAAUCCAUGUUUUAUUCUGCAGUCAAGUCCCUUCCAAUCUAUUUUUCUUUGGACUUACCAUGUCCUGGCAAUGCCAUCUCUAACAGCAAGGAGCAAGCCCACACUACUUGCCUUCUAUGUCAAUUCAAAAGGAACACCGCUAAGCAGAAAUACAGUGUCAAGAGAGGUAGAUAUUUGUGUAUGUAUAUGUGUACAUAGAUAAGCUUAUCAACCCUUUUGGGUCUACAGAGGCAGAUUCUACUCACAUGCACCAUCAAACGUGUAUAUAUUAAAAGCCAGUGGGAAGGUCUCGGUCACCUCUUCUCUGAGUAGGAUUUACAUUAAGAUAAAUUGCACCAGGAAUUUAACCAUCCUAGGAGCUAUUCCAUCUCUUCAAUACUCUUGGAACUCUAGAUGCAGCUUUGGUGAGUUGAAUUUCUGUCAUUACUCAGAGCAGCAAAGCCUGGUAAAGAGGCUGUACAUUUGAGGGGAGGGGAUGUUUGAUGCAGAAACCAAAGGGCUUCAAGGGGCAGUGGCCUUAAGGGACAAUAGCAAGGAGGAGCCCCUGGGAGACUAGUGUGCUUUCGAAGGUGGUGCCUUGUCAAGAAAGGAAAGCAGGGGACUUCGUCUGUUCCUGAGGUGAUAGAAAAUUCAAGGCCUUAUGUGUUGGCCUUUAUGGCUACAGAGGGUGUGGGAGGUGGGAAAGGCUCCUAGGGGAGGAGGGACAAAGAAUAGAGAUGUCCCAGGACUGUUUGUAACAGUAUAAGCAGGUCUAAUUGGAUAGUUAAAUAUUUUGGACAAAAUGAAAUUAUCAAAGACCAAGAGAAGGAAAUAUCAAAAGGGAUCUGUUUGUUGGACUCUUCACUUCUUACUCUUUUCUUCACUUUUUCUCCUUUGCCUCUGAACUUCUGCUCUUGCUUUUUCCCACAUUUUCACUUCCGUCUCCCUUUCUGCCCCUGCACUUUGUGAACUUCUUCCAUUCCUGUGUCCCGUGUCUUCACUGGCUUUCGCUGUCCCUGCUGUGAGCUCAAAGAGGACACCUAAAAAGCAUUUGCUCUUAGGAUAGAAGGAGUUAGUGCUUUAUGUCGAGAUUUCCCCCUGAUAUUUUAUUUAGUUGAAUUGCUAAUAUAUAAGAAUUUUGUUCAUGAAGAAUACUAAAGUGUAAGAAAAAGUGAACCAGAGUCAAAAUGAAUACACUUAAACAAAUGAGGUAGUGAACAGACACACAACAAAUGACUCGAAAGCCAAGCUGGAAUUUGGAAAUCAGCUAUGGUAGAAACCUGGUGCCUUCCCUUCCUUCUCCCGCUGCAGUCUUUCUGUUUUGCCAGGAUGAAGGGGCUGGGAAGUUGCUUCUGAUGGGAAUGGUCUGGGAGGUCUGCCCAGUAGUUGGCCAGUUGGAAGGAUACUUGAGACUCUGACUUUGGUCUCAGGGCUCCUCGUGCAGGACCACAGGUGCUGUGUAGGCAGAACCAUGGCAGAAUUGUUCCAGCACCUCCAGGCAGACGACAGGGAUGGUCCAAGCUAGAACUGGAAAUGUGGUUCCCCCACCCUCACCCAACCGAAUUCUUCUUUAAGAAGUUUUGCACUUUUUUUUUUUAAACCCUGGGAAGCCAUCAGCCUUCCUUUGACAAGACUCUGGGUUCAUAAAACUCAUCUUGCACUAGAAAAUAGAGGCAAGGGAAGCUAUUUUGAAGGACAUUUUGCCAAAUUUGGACCUCAGCUCUGCACGUCCAUUGUCUGCUGGUGUCCAGAGGGUGAGUCCUGGAGAAUUCAUUGGCCCUGGAAAAAUGGAGUUUUGGCCAGCAGUGGGUAUAUGGUGACUGACAAUUUGAGACAGCUAGGCAACUCAGAAUUAUUCAGUGAUGGAAUGUCUCCUACCUAAAAUGGUGUGCGUGUGUGUGUGUGUGUGUGUGUG